AUGGGAUGCCUUCGACAAGUUCCAGCUUGGCAACAAGGUGUUCCUCGUCGUGGAUCUUUUGUGACCCAGUUGUACUUGCUCGAUCAUAUCGGCGAGACAAUGACCGCACAAGAGAAAGAAGAAGCAGCCCUCAACUCCAAGAAACCGAGCCACACUUCUUCCAAGCCUGACCAUCCAGCAUAUCGACCCGAUGGAAGACAUGCUAGUGAAAACGAGAGUGGUAAGGACGACGGCGGUGAUCCGAGAAAUGAGCUCGUUGCAAAAAUUGAAGCGAUUCUUCGCUAUUUCUUUGUUUGCUUAUGGAGUGCUUUAUCUAUUCAGAUCCACAAAAUUAUUGUUUUCCCUGAAAAAGAUGUCGCGUAUAUAUACACAUAUGCUGGAUCCAAGACGGCCUCAGGAGAGCCAAUGGCGUCCAUCUACCGCAUGGGUAUCCCAAGUGUUUCACGGUUUGAAGCAGAGGUUCGUGCUGCUGAAAACGCGUCAAAUAUUACAAAGGGUAAAUAUACUGUCAUCGACCCACAUAGUCCAGAAGGAAAGAAGCAGUUGAAAAUCAAAUUCAAGGAUGUUGCUGGGUGCUUCGAAGCUAAACAAGAGAUCAGCGAAUUUGUCGACUACCUCAAAAAUCCCAAUAAAUACACCAAAUUGGGUGCAAAGCUGCCACGUGGAGCACUUCUAACUGGUCCUCCAGGUUGCGGAAAGACACUCAUCGCAAAAGCGCUAGCUGCCGAAUCAACUGCACCGUUCAUCUCCAUGAAUGGUUCAGAAUUUGUUGAAGUUAUCGGUGGCCUUGGUGCAUCCCGUAUUCGUGGACUUUUCAAAGAAGCACGCUCGAGAGCCCCAUGCAUCAUCUACAUUGACGAGAUCGACGCUAUUGGCAAGAAGAGAAGCGAAUCAAAAGGAGGAUUCGGUGGUGGAUCCAACGAAGAGGAGCAGACUCUGAAUCAGCUAUUAGUUGAAAUGGAUGGUAUGGGGAGUGGACAGGGCAUUGUGGUCUUAGCUAGUACGAACCGCCCAGAUAUUCUUGAUAAAGCUUUACUUCGUCCCGGGCGAUUCGAUCGUCAUAUCAACAUCGAUCUACCUACAGUGAUCGAGCGAAAAGAGAUGUUUGAUCUCUAUCUCAAGAAAAUCAAACUCGAUCAUCCAUUCAGCAAAUACUCCCAACGUCUCUCUCAAAUGACCCCAGGUUUCACAGGUAUUCUGCAGAAUUGUGUCAGUAAUGAUUGCCUUAGAGGAACGAUGACUCUUCCAAUUGUAGGUGCUGAUAUCUCUAAUGUGGUUAAUGAAGCUGCUAUUCGAGCUGCAUCCACUGGAAAGCAUAUUGUCACAGUGAAUGAGUUAGAGUAUGCAUUGGACCGAAUUUUAGCAGGAGCGGAAAAGCGAUCCCGAUCUCUUGUUGAAGAGGAGCGCGAGGUAGUUGCUUAUCACGAGGCUGGUCAUGCGCUUGUGGGGUGGUUGUUAGAACACACAGAUGCUCUUCUAAAGGUGACAAUUAUUCCUCGCACGUCUGCAGCUCUUGGUUUCGCACAGUACAGCCCUAAGGAAAAGAAACUGUUCACCAAAGAAGAGCUGUUCGAUCGAAUGUGUAUGAUGCUUGGUGGUCGAGCCGCUGAAAACAUUAAAUUCGGUAGAAUAACCACGGGAGCUGAAGAUGAUCUCAAGAAGGUGACGAAAUCGGCGUAUGCACAAGUGAAAGUGUAUGGAAUGAAUAAUGUUGUGGGUACGUUGUCGUUCCCAAACGAUGACGAUUUCCAAAUCAAACCAUUCAGUAAGAAGUUUGGGCACGUUAUGGAUCAGGAGGCGUCAAGUUUGGUUGGGCAAGCGUACCGCAGGACCGAAAGUCUCUUACGGAAAAAUGCGGACAAGCUAGAGAAGAUCGCGCAGGAGCUAUUAAAACGGGAAGUGCUCAAUUAUGAUGAUGUCAGGAAUCUCAUUGGAACACCGCCUCAUGGCGAGAAGCACGUUGUCGAGCUGGUUCGACAACAUUCUGCCAAAAGACGGAGCAUAACUCCAGUAUAUAUGGGAUAG